AUGUCCUCUGUGAAGAACGCACCCCCCAAGCUAGGCUCCAAGGCCGGAACCCCCGCCAAAGCCCGUAAAGCCUCCGCCUCCAGCGCAGCAAGCAAGCCCAGCACUGCCUCCGGAACCCCCAAGCCUCUGAAGAAGUCCACACCCCGCAAGCUUUCCCAGAAAGCCCCCGAACCAAUCGACGACAACAUCGAAGAGCAGUCCAUCCCCGAGACACCUUCGCCGAAGUCAAAGAAGCGCGAACAACGUCGCCCCGUCUCCCCGCCCGACGACGCCUCCCAGGCGCCUUCCGCCUCGGGCUCCGCAGCCCCACUCGGCCGCGCCGCCUCCGGCCUUAGCGGCAAGGCUAAGAGCGUUGCCAGCAAGACAAAGGAAACAGCAGAGCAAGGUGCCGAGACUGUCCAAGAUGGCGCGAAGGACGCCACUGAUAACCUGCCGGAACCAUUUGACCUUUCCGCAUUGAAGGGUCUUGAGGUCGCCGAGGGUGGGGAGAUCCUUGGAAAGAACGGAAACCCCAUCGGCAAGGUUGUCGAGGGUGACGCUGAGGAUCUUGUCGGACAGACUGUCGGCGAUGACGGCGAGAUUCUCGACGAAGAUGGCGAUCUGAUUGGUCGUGUUGAUAUCCUGCACGAAGUCGCCGAUCAGGCUAAGCAUGCCGCUGAGGAUGCACAGGAGAACGUCGGCGAGGUUGACCUGGAGAAUGUUGUUACGGACAUCGCUCAGCUUGAAGGUCUUCCUGUUUCUGAUGGAGGUGUCAUCAAGAACGCUGCUGGUCAGAUCGUCGGCCGGAUUGUUGAGGGUGACCCAGAAGAUCUUAUUGGGUAUACCCUCAAUGAUGAUGGAGAGAUCGUCGAUGAAGAUGGCGAUGCCAUUGGCCGUGUUGAUCUGAUUCCUGUUGAGGAGCAGAAGAAGGCCAUUGAAGGCGCUGCUGAUGAUGCCGCUUCCAAGGCUGAUGAUGCCAAGGACGAUGUUGAGGAUCAAUACGAAGAUGCUCAGGAUGGUCUCUCCACUCAACAGGCUAAGAGCACUGUUGAUGGCGCGGCUGAUGAGGUUGAGGACGAUGUUUCUGAUGUCGAAGAAACUACCAACAAUGCUAAGUCUACUACCGACAAGGCUAAGUCUACUACCGAGAAUGCCGCAUCCGACGCUGCCUCCGAUGCCGAAGACGCCACUGAUGCCGUCGAGGGCACUGUCAACGAUGCUAAGUCCACCGCCGAGGAUGGCAAGAGCAAGAUUGAUCUCGAAGACAAUGUCGAUGGCGCCAAGUCUACUGCUGAAGAUGCAGCCUCCGACGCUGCCUCCGAUGCCGAAGACGCCACUGACGCCGUGGACGGUGCUGUUGACGAUGCUAAGGACACCGCCGAAGGCACUGCUGAAGAUGCUGAAGGCACCGCCGAGGAUGCGACCGAAGGCGCCAAGGAUACCGCCGAAGAUGCAGCUGAAGACGCUGAGGAGACCGCCGAGGAUGCUGCCGAUGAUAUCGAGGCACGUAUCCCCGACAUCAAGACUCUCGAAGGCAAGGUCUGCAACAAGCGCGGCUACAUCAUCGACCAAGCCACCGGCAAGCCCGUUGGCGAACUCAUCGAAGGCGACCCCAAGAAACUGGCCAAGCUCGGCGCAACACUCGACGACAAAGGUCAAUUCUGGGACAACCGCGGCAAUGUGAUCGGCAAAGCCCAGGCACUUCCAGUCGAGGACGACGAAGGCGAAGAAGGCCCCUUCUCCGGACUUGAGGGUCUUGUCGUUAACGAAGACGGCUUUGUCGAAGACGAGAACUCCAACCGCGUUGGUCGCUUGAUCGAGGGCGACGCGAAGAAACUGAGCGGCCGUGGCGUUGACGAGGAUGGCGAAAUCCUCGACCGCAAAGGUAACGUCAUUGGACGCGCUGAGCGUCUCGAGCCCGAGGAGGAAGAGCCCGAGGCGGAGGAAGAGGCUGGACCUGAUUUCUCUGCUGUCAAUGGCCUCACCUGCAACAAGGCUGGCUAUGUCAUCGGACCUGAUGGAUACCCCAUUGCCCGUGUUGUCGAGGGUAACCCCAAGGAGCUUGCUGGCAAGAAGAUCGAGGACGGCGAGAUCUACGACGGAAAGAAGGUCGUUGGCCGUGUUGAGCUCAUUCCUGAGGAUGAGCUUGAGAGCAAGCCUGAGGGUCCCUUCGCUGGUAUGGAGAACCUGUUCGUGACCAAGGAUGGAUUCGUCGAGGAUGAUGAAGGAUCAAUUGUUGGUCAGCUUGUUGAAGGUGACGCCAAGAAGCUUCGUGGUCGUGCUGUCGACGAGGAUGGCGAGAUCACCGACAAGUACGGCAAUGUCAAGGGUCGUGCUGAGCCUUACGAUCCUCCCCAGGAGGAGGAGCCCGUGGAGGAGGACCUCUCUAUCCUCGAGGGCAAGGUUGUCAACAAGGCUGGCAACGUUGUUGACCCGACCACUGGUGCUGUCGUCGGACGCAUUGUCGAAGGUGACAAGCGCCUCGCUGGAUGCAAGGUGGACGGCAAGGGCCAGAUCUGGGGUGACAACGGCAAGGUUGUUGGACGCGCCGAACUCAUUCCCGGUGCCGAGCAACAGAAGGCCGAAGGGCCAUUCUUUGGCUUUGACAACGCUGUUGUCGGCAAGGACGGCGUCGUUCUGGACGGCGAUAAGAUCAUCGGACGUCUGAUCGAAGGUGACGCCAAGCGCCUUCUCGGCCGCAAGGUCGACGAGGACGGUGAUGUCUCCGACAAGAACGGCAACACUAUCGGCAAGGCCGAGCGCUGGGAACCCGAGGAGAAGAAGCGCGAUGUCAACCCCAUGUCUGGACGCAAGGUCAACAAGGAGGGCGAAGUCCGCGAUGCGGACGGCGAACUCAUUGGCAAGCUGACAUCGGGUAACCUCGCCACUCUAGUCGGCAAGGUCAUCGACGACAACGGCUAUGUUGUCGACAACGAUGGCAACAAGAUUGGCGAAUGCACUUUGCUCGAGCACAUCCCCGAGCCCGAGCCCGAGCCCGAGGUUGAAGAGCCCGAAGAGGAGGAAGAGGAGGGCCCCACGCCCGAAGAGCAGGAGGCUGCUGCAAAGGCUGAGUCCGACCGCCAGCUCGCGCAGAAGAUGAUCUCCAUCCUCGGCCAGACUCUCGACAAGGUCAAGCCUAUUUGCAAGCAGAUCACCGAUGCCUGCGACAAGGCCGACCGCACGCCCAAGGACGAGCUUGACGAGGAGAAACUUGUUCAGACUGUCAAGCCCCUUCUUGAGGAGGGCGGUCGCAUUCUGCAAGAGUGCAAUGGAGCCAUUCGUGGACUUGACCCCGAUGGACGUAUUGCUGCCACAGCCAAGGCUCGCGCUGCUGCCCGGGAUGCCACCCCCGAGGAGUAUCAGCUUGCCGACAUGAUCAAGGAGCUCACUGAGACGGUCGUGAAGUGUAUCGACAACGGCAAGAGACGCAUCGCUGAUAUGCCUCAUGCCAAGAAGAAGCUGAGCCCCCUCUGGGCAUUGCUCUCUGAGCCCCUGUUCCAGAUCAUCGCUGCCGUUGGUCUGUUACUUACUGGUGUGCUCGGACUGGUUGGUCGUCUUCUUGACGGUCUUGGUCUUGGUGGAUUGUUGAAUGGUCUGCUUGGCAGUCUUGGUUUGGACAAGUUGAUCAAUGGACUUGGUCUGGGCGGUUUGACUGAUGCGCUUGGACUUGGUGGAAAGAAGUAA